GUGGCUUGUAUGAUGUUUAUUGUUUAAAGAUGGCGUCAGAUCCAGAGCUAGUUGAAAGUCAUAUUCCCUCUGGUGAAAAUUGUUUAGACAAGUCUGUAAACCUCGGAACUAAGGGACUGAUGUGGGGAGCAUUUUAUGGAGCUGUAGAGGCCUGUGUCUCAGUGGAGUCAAGGCUCAUAACUAAAAGUGGCCCUUUACUAAUGUACACACUGAGGACCAUUAGAUCAAGAGGACUCAUAGGAGGGAGUGUGUUGUUCACGUAUGCUGGAGUCUGUUGUCUGUCCUCCAGACUAAGAACCAAAGAUGACUACUUCAAUGCAUUUGUAGGAGGAGCUAUGGCUGCCUCCAUAGUUGGAAUAUACGCUAGAUCAAUUCCUCUAACUCUUGGCCUUUCAUUCGCAAGUGGCGUUACCAUGGCAAUCAUUAAGUAUCGCCAUGGUACCUACCUUCCCCCUAUCCCGUUACGAGGGGCCACUAUAAGACAGCAGGAGAGGGCGUGGCCGACUAACGAGUCAAGAUAAGGACAUUAUACUCUAUAACUGACAUAGUUUAGUAGAUUAUGUUGUAAUAAUAAUUUAAUAAUAUUGCUCCGUUAGUCACAAAGUAUAGUUCAAACCACAUCCAUCCACACACACACACACUGUUGGGUGGGAGUAGAGAAGCCUUUAAUGUGCUUAUAAUUUAUAAAAGGAAGAGGCAAACAGAAGAUCAGUCAGUCAUAAUAUUCUAUUUACCUUAUGGAGUCUCUCAUCAUACUCUCCUUCCUUCUCUCUUUAGCACUACUGGUCCAUUCUGCUCCUGCCCCUAGACCAGCUGGUGACUCUCUCACUGUCUUUCCUCAUGUCAUCAGCUCUUCUCCCAGUAACAAGUUGAUAUCACUCAACCACACUUCACUCAUUAUUAAUAUCACUAUUAACAACUUCCAUCACUCACUUACCACUGACUGUUCUUUCUACAGUGGAUCAGUUCUUAAUCAUGAUAAUGGUUGGACAACCCUCUCUAUCUGCAAGAACAAUGAACUGUCUGGCAUUAUAAAGUUAGAAGAAGGUAUGUUCACACUCCAGCCAAUGGAUGGAGAUACUAAUGCUCAUGCACUUGAUAAGAUGUCAAAUGAUUUACCACAUGAUCACUGCAGCAGUCCAGCACCUACUGAUCAAGUAGUGUCUGGUGAAAGAUUGAAAAGACAUCAGAGUAAAGUAUUAGAAAAGACCAUUGAGCUAGCACUAGUAAUUGACAGGUCAUUGUACAGUAUUCAUCAAGAAAACCUAACAGACUAUAUACUCCACAUCAUGAAUACAGUAACACAUCUAUAUAAGGAUCCAAGCAUUGGCAGUGCUAGUAUUGUUAAUAUUGCAUUAGUCAAACUGAUUGUAUGGAAUGAUACUACAACUGAUACCAUUACGUCAAAUGCUAAUCCUAUUGCUACCAAAGACCAGUUCUGUCAAUGGCAGUCCAAAGAAAGAACAGGCUCACAUCAUGACAUUGCAGUGUUACUGACCGGAGGCUCAAUCUGUGAAACAACCUCAUGCAACAUACUAGGUAUUGCCAAUUAUAGAAGUGCUUGUAAUCAUGAUACCAGCUGUGCUGUAGUGAGGGACACUGGACUAUCAACAGCAUUCACACUAGCUCAUGAACUAGGGCACAACCUGGGUAUGUAUCAUGAUGGAGAUGCUAUGUCCAACUGUGAAACUAAUGACAAGUUUAUAAUGAGCUCUAGUUUCAAGGCUAGUACUAAUCCUCACAUUUGGUCUAAAUGCAGUGAACUGCAGUUGUAUGACUUCUUAAGUUCAUCUGAAAGCAGUUGCCUUGACAAUGAUCCUGAUGCCACAGUAGCCCCUCCCCCAUCAGCAGCUCCUCUGAUUGGUCAGUUUUAUUCGUUAAACGAACAAUGCAAACUAUUGUAUGGAGCCAACUCAACAACCUGCCAUAAAACAGAUUGUUCAGUCCUGUGGUGCAGUACUGAUGGAGUAUCUUGCGAUCAAACUCAGCACUCUCCUCCUGCCGGGGGUAGUCCCUGUCUAUUCACUAAUACCACUCAAGGGGUCUGUUACCAUGGUAACUGUAGAUUACAGGGCGAGGUUAGUACCCCUAUUGAUGGAGGGUGGAGCCAAUGGAGCAACUGGGGGACCUGCUCCAGCACCUGUGGAGAUGGGAUACAAUCAAGAACAAGAUACUGCAAUAAACCACUGCCACAGUAUGGUGGUAAACGUUGUGUUGGUGAGAGAUUGGAAUAUAAACUGUGUAGGAAUGAGGAGUGCCUCAUAGACUAUCGUAACUACAGGUGCAGUCAGCUGAAACCAGCUGAUGGGGCGGCUGGGACCAGCCACAAGGAAUGGAUUGCUGCUGACCCAAGUUCAGUAGCUAAGUAUCUCCUCAAUUCUUGCCACCUUUAUUGUAAGUACAAAGACGACCAGUCCUGGUACCUCAUGGAAAAGAAUAUUCCUGAGGGAACAUCCUGUAUUGCACAAUCACUAGCAGCUGGAGUGUGCAUUCAAAGAAAAUGUAUACAAAUUGGUUGUGAUGGUAAGCUAGGUAGUGAUUAUUACACUGAUCGGUGUGGAGUAACAUGCGGAGACAACAGCACCUGUAACUACAUUACAAUGAAAUACACUCCCACACCUGGGCUCACUAACAGAUAUCAUGAUGUUCUAACAUUACCAGCUGGAGCCAGUAAUAUUGAAAUAGAUACGGACAAGCAGUCCUAUAACGUGAUAGCUGCUUAUACUACAAAAUUUGAAUUAAACGGACCCGAUACAAGAUCAUAUCAAUAUGGAGUGGCAUACAUAGCAGGAACAUACUGGAUGUACUCUCACUAUUACCUUCACACCAAUGGACCCAUCAACCAGACACUCACUAUAAAGCUGUUUGCUGCAGACACUAGUCUACUAACAGUUCAGUAUACUCUACCAAACUACUGGAGGACUGGACCAUGGUCGUCCUGUAGCCCAGUCUGUGGUAAUGGGACACGGACUAGGAAUGUAACCUGUGGCCAUGAUGAUAGCAAUAAAUGCAAUGUUGAUAAUAAACCAGUAGCUACACUACCGUGUGACCAGGAGUCAUGUGACUCGUAUCAUUGGAGAGCUGGAGACUGGACACAGUGUAGUGCCACCUGUGGGGGCGGUACACAGACUAGGAAUGUGCAGUGUCAGCACAUUAAUGGAUCAAACCGUACGAGUGAAUAUUGUACUGGGAAAGACAAACCAGUUGAUAUAAGGAUGUGCUCAACACAAAAUUGUUGUCAGAAUCACUUCUCUUCAGCUGUAUGUGAAGCUAUACUGGAGUAUGGACUGUGUAGCAAUUAUAAGGAUCAGUGCUGCAGCACUUGCAAAUAAAAAACUAUUAUAAUUAUUGAUAUUUUAUUACUAUUGUUAUUUAAGGUAUAUUGAUUUUUAAUUUUCAUUAUCAAAAAUAAGUCAUCAAGCUACAAUUAUCAAAA